AUGGAUAGACAGGAUGGAGUAAUCGCCCGACUCGAGGGUGUGACGAAGCAAUACGAGGUGGGCGAUGCCAUUGUCUCUGCGCUCAAGGAUGUAAGCCUUGACAUCCUCGAAGGUCAGUUCGUGGUGCUUCUGGGACCCAGCGGCUCCGGCAAGACGACUCUCUUGAAUAUGAUUGGCGGGCUGGACGUCCCAACUCGUGGACAGAUUUGGGUGGGCGGCAGCGAGAUUACCAACAUGAACGAAGCCUCGCUGACCAUGUACAGGCGUAAGCAAGUGGGGUUUAUUUUUCAGUUCUUCAACCUCGUCCCUUCGCUCACCGCCGGAGAGAAUGUGGAGAUGGUCGCUGAACUAACGGGAAACAAGCGUAACGCCAUACCCGCACUCCGCUCUGUCGGUCUUGGCGACCGUAUAGGCCACUUUCCUGCACAGCUCUCGGGCGGCGAGCAGCAGCGAGUCGCGAUUGCCAGGGCAUUGGCGAAGGGUCCUUCGAUCCUGCUUGGGGAUGAACCAACGGGCGAUCUCGACUAUGAGACGGGCAAGAUGAUUCUGGGCCUGAUGAGGCGCAUCAAUCGAUCUGAGAACGCCACGAUCCUUCUGGUGACUCACAACGUGGCGAUAAGCCGUAUGGCCGACCGCGUUAUAAGAAUGCGCAGCGGAGAGAUAGUCGAGGAUAGAGCGGCGGAAAAUCCGAUUCACCCCGAAGACCUUGAGUGGUAG